AAAUGUAUUAUUAGAUUCUGAAGGUCAUAUAAAGAUUAUAGAUUUUGGUUUAUGCAAGACUAAUAUUAAUGAAGGAGAUUUCACUACAACUUUAUGUGGCACUUUUGAUUAUAUGGCUCUCGAAAUCUAUUUAAAAAGGUAUUAUUUAUAUAUCAAUUAUAAGGGUCAUAAUAAAUCUGCUGAUUGGUAUUCUUUA